AUGCCAUGUCCCGGAGAAGAUCGUAACAUUUAUCGCAGGGGAGCUCGAAGGUGGAGGAAACUUUAUAGAGUUAACGGACACAUUUUUCAAGCCAAAAGAUUCAAUAGACGAGCGUUUUGUGCCUUUUGCGAAGAUCGAAUCUGGGGAUUAGGAAGGCAAGGUUUCAAGUGCAUUCAAUGCAAGCUCCUCGUGCACAAAAAAUGUCACAAACUAGUACAGAAACCUUGCAGCAACGAACACGUCGAACCCGUGGUCAGGGACGACAACACGAACGGAGUCACUCCCACCAUGUCGACUCCGACGUCGGAAUUGAAAGAUUUCCACGAGCCUCAAUUGGAAUUGUCCACGACGGAAUCCGUAGCCGUAGAAGAUCCAAACGAUGAACUCGAACCCGGUUCUCAGAGGCAGUACUCGCUUAACGAUUUCGAACUCAUACGCGUUAUAGGACGAGGAAGUUAUGCAAAAGUAUUAAUGGUCGAAUUGAAGAAAACGAAAAGGAUUUACGCCAUGAAAGUAAUUAAAAAAGCCUUGAUGACGGAUGAUGAGGAUAUCGACUGGGUUCAGACUGAAAAGCACGUUUUUGAGACUGCUUCGAAUCAUCCCUUUUUGGUGGGCCUACAUUCCUGCUUUCAAACGCCGAGUCGUUUGUUUUUUGUGAUAGAAUUCGUACGGGGCGGAGAUUUAAUGUUUCACAUGCAAAGGCAAAGGAGAUUACCGGAAGAACACGCGAGGUUUUACGCGGCGGAAAUUAGUUUGGCUCUUAACUUUUUACACGACAAAGGUAUUAUUUAUCGAGAUUUGAAAUUAGAUAACGUUUUGCUCGAUCACGAGGGUCACAUAAAAUUGACGGAUUACGGAAUGUGUAAGGAAGGGAUAAGGCCGGGUGACACGACGUCGACGUUUUGCGGUACGCCAAAUUACAUCGCUCCGGAAAUCCUAAGGGGAGAAGAUUACGGUUUCAGCGUGGAUUGGUGGGCAUUAGGAGUUCUCCUGUACGAAAUGUUGGCGGGACGAAGUCCCUUCGACAUAGCGGGAGCUUCCGACAUUCCAGAUCAAAACACUGAAGAUUAUUUGUUUCAAGUUAUUUUAGAGAAAACGAUUAGAAUUCCAAGGUCCCUUUCGGUGAAAGCCGCGUCCGUGCUCAAGGGCUUCCUAAAUAAAAAUCCGGCGGAUCGACUCGGGUGCCAUCGUGACACCGGAUUUUACGAUAUUGCCAAUCAUCCGUUUUUCAAAAGCAUCGACUGGGAACCGCUUGAGCAAAAACAAGUGGCUCCGCCUUACAAACCACGGUUAGAAUCUGAAAGGGAUUUGGCUAACUUUCCACCGGAAUUCACGGAUGAACCCGUUCAUUUAACUCCAGAUGAUCAGUAA